AUGGCGCCCAUUCCAAAUGCAUACCCGGAGGCUGAUAGAGCAUCAUCUCAUCCGGACAACCGGAAACGUACUCGCGGGUCUUUCGUGCUGUUGUCUGCAGGAGGGGGCGGUGGUGGAGGAGGAGGCGGAGGUGGCGGGUGCCGCCGACGUGACUACGAACGUCGCAGUGCUGGCGGUCGGGGUGCUUCCGGUCUUGCCACCAUCAGCUCCUCGGUCGCGGGGAGCGCGGGGGGUUGUGGCCCCGUGGUGGGGCUCCCCUCCUACAAAAAGCGCCAAGGAAGUGCUGCAACAUGGAAUCGAGACCGUGGACGUGCAAAGGGUGGUCGUGGUACCGGGGAUGGCUCAACAUUUUUGGGCGCCAACGUCCCCGGAAAUUAUCCACCGGGAUAUCAUCAAGGAGUCGGCGGUACAACAGGAUAUCAUGAGGUCAUUAAUAUCCUUGGAAAACGCAAUAAAGCUGGUACAUUAACAGGAAUAGAUCCACCACCAGGUGUUUCGGAGACUGAAGAUGACAACGAAGAAGAGGGUGCACCUAAAAAGCCACCUCGUCCAUUGUACCGAAGAUUCAUUAAUUACGUCCGGCAAGCGUGGACUGGCGUCAAAUUCGCCUUAGAUUCUGAGUACGAAGAAGAACAAACACCACGCUAUAGACCAGACUCGUUAGCAAGUCUCUGCAGAGCGACACGAUUUACUGAAGCGGAAUUGAAAAGGAUAUACCGUGGUUUCAAAGCCGUAUGUCCUACGGGCGUGGUCAGAGAAGAUACUUUCAAAUGUAUUUACUCACAGUUUUUUCCUCAAGGAGCAAAUACCAGUCAAUAUGCCCACUAUGUCUUUAAUACUCUGGAUCAAGAUCACAGUGGACUACUGAGCUUCGAGGACUUUGUAACGGGUCUGAGUAUAUUAUCACGUGGAUCAAUGGAUGAAAAGCUUCGCUGGACAUUCUCACUUUAUGACAUAAAUGGAGAUGGCUGUAUAACACGAGAUGAAAUGACAGAUAUUGUGACUGCGGUCUAUGAAUUGAUGGGAAAAUUUUCUGACCCGAAUAUGGAUACUGACGGCGUUCGAGAACGAGUAGAUAGGAUAUUCCAGAAAAUGGAUGGGAAUAAAGACGGCGUUGUCACACUGACAGAAUUUCUAGACGCAUGUCGUGCUGAUCCUGAAAUUUCAGCAUCAAUGGCAGCCCUCGACACGGCUUUCUGA